AUGGACUUUGGAAAAGAAGAUAUGGCCCCCAGUCCCCGGCAGCCCUUCAGUGGGCAGGGGGUGCGAAGAAUCUCCGGAUCGAAUGGUUGUGGAAGUGUCACCCUUCGGGUAGGCACAGUGAACGUUGGGACAAUGAAGGGAAGGAGUGCAGAAGUGGCGGACAUGUUGAAGAGAAGGAAAGUUGAUGUGUGUGGGUUUCAGGAGGUAAGGUUUAAAGGUGAAGGUACGAGAGUCAUAAAGGGUGAAGAUAAUGGAGCGAGAUUUAAGUGGUUUUGGAAGGGAAACGGAAGUGGCACGAAUGGUGUUGGCUUUGCGAUAAGAGAGGAUUGGGCGAAGUCAGUUGUAGCAGUAAAGAGAGUUUCGGACAGAGUCCUGAGAGUUGAUGUAGUUAUUGAGGCCGAAGUUGUGAGUUUCGUUGUGGUGUAUGCUCCGCAGGUUGGACGAAGUGCGGAGGAGAAGGAAAAGUUCUACGACAGCGUGUAUGCAGUGAGAGCAGACAUUAGAGGGCGAUGUGUGAUGCUUGGUGAUUGGAACGGUCAUGUGGGAAGCGUAAGAAAAGGAUACUGUGCGCAUGGAGGUUUUGGAGUUGGUGAUAUGAAUGCUGAAGGCGAGACGAUAUUGGAGUUAGCAGCGAGUUGUGGGAUGGUGGUAGUGAAUACGUGGUUUAUAAAGGAAGAAAGCAAGCUUGUGACGUAUGAAUCUGGUGACAGUAGGACGGUGGUGGAUUAUAUACUGGUGAAUGAAGAAGAGAGGAAAAACGUGAAGGAUGCAAAAGUGAUUGCAGGAGAAGAAUGUGUGACCCAGCACAAGCUGCUGGUCAUGGACUGGAGAAUCAGGAAGGUGAAAAGGAGAAAGGUUGAGGGUAAAGGCAGGCUUAAGCUAUGGAAGUUACGAUCGAAUGAAGGGAAGCAGUGUUUCCGUGACGAAAUUGCGACAUUGAAUGUUGAGGGUGAGACGGUGGAGGAGCGAUGGACGUGCUUGAAGAAGGGUGUUUUAAAGGCAGCGGAGAAGGUAUGUUGUAGAAGUAAAGGCGGUGUAGUAGAAGAACAGGCAUGGUGGUGGGAUCAACGAGUCAGCGAAGUGAUUGGCGCGAAGUUGGCAUUUAAAGGUGGAGAAAGUCGCGGACUGAAACAGAUAGGAUCGAUUACAUCCGAUUCAAGAAAAAGGCGCGAAAGGAGGUGGCUAAAGCGAAAGACAUCAGAAAGAGCUUCGUAA